AUGGCGACAGAGUGGAUUGCAAGACCACGUCAGUAUGAGGCGGAUCUACUCAAGAAGCAUUUACUCUCAGAACCAACCAGCAGUCACCCCCUGAAGGCUAUCACAAUUACAGAGGUUAAGAAGGUGGAGCGUCGUGGCACACCAGUUCAUGGAACCCCUGUCAAUCAAGGCAUGUCUAUCAGCAGUGGACUGGACCCCCUUAGUAUGGCUGAUCCCCUGAGUGCUUCCCUUGAAGGAACAGACCCACUGUCUGUUAUUGCUGCAAAACAAGACACAUUGCCAACGAAAUCAAGGAGCUUCAGCAAACUGUCAGAUGAUGGCAUGUUUGAUGCUACACCAGAUAUGGACAGUACAUUUGAACCAUGGGCAGCCAAAAAAUCAGGAAUCUUAAGCAAGUACACUACAUCUGAGAAACUGUCCAUCACUACCAGUUUUCUCUCUGCUUCUGACAAGGAAAGAGUUGUCAUCAAGACCCAAGCAACUGUUUCUGACAAAGUUAAAAACAGACUGGAACAGCUGGAUGACUUUGAGGAGGGUUCUGUGAAGGAGAUGUUGAACCUAAGUCAGCAGGACUAUGUGAACAGAAUUGAUGAACUUAACCAGGCUCUCAUCCAGGCCUGGGAUUUGGAUCAGAGAGUUAAAUCUCUGAAAAUUGCUAUCCAGUGUUCAAAGCUGCUAGCUGAUACUUCAGUUCUUCAAUUUUAUCCCAGUAAGUUUGUUCUGGUGACAGACAUCCUGGAUACUUUUGGUAGACUUGUGUUUAGUAGGUUAAAGGACAAAGCUCAGUAUAUACCUAAAGGUAGUGGUGUACCAGUCAAACUGCCAGAGAAUUUCACACCAGAUCAGGUACCAGAAUCUGCCAAAGAAACAUGUCGUAACUGGUUCUUUAAGAUUGCCUCUAUCCGAGAGCUGAUCCCCAGACUGUAUGUAGAAGCUGCAUUGCUGAAGUGCUAUAACUUCCUUAACACAGGUGAAUACUCUGAUGCUCUUCUGCGUCUGUCGAACAUGACAGCAGGGAUUGGAGAUCCACUGGUGGCAGUCUACGCUCGAUGCUAUCUCUGUAGGGUGGGGAUUAUUGUAGCUCCAAAGUUCCAGAAUCAUUUGAUGAUUUGUUUCAAUGAUUUCCUAGCUACGUACUCUCAGCUUCAGAGUGACAGUGUACAGAAUAGCCUGGCUGUUCAGAAGUUAGAAUUGCCCAAAUACUUGACGCUCUUCUCGCCAGCCUUAGACUGGAUAUUACAAUGUAUAGCUCACAAGGCCUCUGAGAAAACUCUGCUAGAUGUCCUGGAGAAAUGUAAGACACAGUGUAAUAGUGCCCUUCUGUUGAACUCCAUCAUGUCGGCAUUCCAGCCAGAGUAUAUUGCCAACCGCGCCCUUCAGUUUACUGAGCUUAUCAAGGAAUGUGAGGAAACAGGCUUUCCAAAGCAUUUGUUGUAUCGUACCCUGGGUUUGUGUUUGGUAAUGGCGGAUCCUCCCUCUGACCAGAGGCUGGGUGUGCUGAAUGAUGUCUGGAAAGUCGUGAUGAAACUCAAGCAACCAGCGGAUUACAUUAGCUGUGCAGAAGUUUGGAUUGAAUAUGUUGUGAAACAUUUUGGGAAACGAGAGGUGAACACCAUACUGGCUGAUGUCAUCAAACACAUGAUGCCUGAUAGAGCCUUUGAAGAGUUUUACCCCCAACUUCAUUCCAUUGUCAGCAAGAUACUAGUCCAUAUCCAUGACUUCUCCUUGCUGUUCUCACUGGAUAAAUUUUUACCAUUUGUGGACAUGUUUCAAAAAGAAUCUGUGAAAGUUGAUGUGUGUAAAUCUAUUAUGGAAUCAUUUGUAAAAUAUCAGCUAGAACUGGCAACCAAUGAUCCAGUUGUGAUAAAUGCAUUAAUGUACAUCUGCAAAACAAUGCAUGAUUCUGUCAAUGCUUUAACGCUUGAUGAUGAAAGGCGUCAAAUCAGUAACCUCAUCAGUGGGUUUGUCAGAAAGGUUUCAUUUGGCCGUGACUUUGAACAGCAGUUGAGUUUCUAUGUUGAAGCUCGUUCCUCGUUUACAAAUCUGGACUCGGUGUUGGUGCAGCUCAUUCAGAAUGUGAAUAAUCUUUCAAUGGAGACGAGGCAGAUUGUCAGAGGAAACCACUCCAGAAAAACAGCAUCUUUUGUGAGGGCCUGUGCUGCAUACUGUUUCAUCACGAUCCCAUCACUUCAUGGGCUAUUCAGCCGGCUACAGCUAUAUUUGGUGUCUGGACAGACAGCCUUACUCAACCAGUGCUUGUCUCAGGGUGAUGCAUUCUUCAAGGCUGCCAUAUCGUUAUUGCCUGACGUGCCCCGAACCCUGGAUGUGGAUGGAAAGAUUAAAAACACUGAGCCUCUGAUGGUGGAUUAUAUCUUGAACUUCCUCUCCACUUUGCUAGUUAUCCCAGAUAACCCAGAAGCUGGUGUGUUGUACCUUAUGAGGGGUUUGUUGAACGUUCUACAGAAUUACCAAUGGGAAGCAAACAGCGAUGCCAAGGUGAUUAUCUACACCCGCUGUGUGGCCAUGCUAUCUGCCAUGUGUCAGGAUCAACUGCCUUACCAUGUGGACAAAGUGGACUCUAAUGAUGCCUUAUACGGUGGGGACCCUAAAUUCAUAGCAGAAGUGAACAGCAUCAGCUCAACUCUAUUGGACGAGAUUCUCUCCCAUCUCAAGAUGCUCAGUGCUCCUAAUUUACAGAAAAGGCAGGGAUCUCUAGCUCUGGAGCUUUUUAACACAGUGAUUGCUCACGGAGAUCUAACCCAGGAAAAAGUGUUCACUCUAGCUUCCAACCUCUGGGGACUGGCUCAGAAAAACGGACAGGCAGAUGUGAAGCAAGUUGUGAGAACACUGGAUUAUGUUAAACGCCGUUCUAACAGCAACAGCGGAAAGCCAUUCUCUGACCUAGCCAGUAAAAUGCAGUUAGAGACUAGGGCAUAGCUGCAGUUUGUCAUCAGUGGUGACAUGCGUUUGUUUGUCUUCAACAUGUUUUGUCAGUUUGCAUGGUUCACAUUUCAUGAUGUAUUGAUAUGUUCAAGAAUCGAUUUACAUAAGUAAAUAAGUGCAUCUACUGCAAAUACAGUGGUAUAGAAAUAUUUCUCAUAUGAAGAACUCCCAUGUCAUGUCAUUCAUACACAUAUGUUCUUAUUUCAGGAAGUUUGCCUUUUAUUUUGUGAAGGUACACAUGAAGGUCUGCUAGCAAACUGUGGAUGGUCAUGGGUUUCCUACCGCCAUAAUGCUGGCUGCCAUCUUAUAAGUGAAAUAUUGUUGAGUAUGGCAUAGAAAAUAAUUAAAGAAAUAAAUAAACAUUAUACUAUUAUGGUUUCUCUGGAAUAUUUUUUGCAUGAUAUGAUGUACAAAGUCUGCCACCAGUAUCAGAGGAAUGUAUCUGUGUCACUGAAGUAAUUAUUACGAAAUUGAAGGACAACAGUUUUAACUUGUGUUUUGCGAGGAAAAAAAAGGCAUACUGAAAAGUGUACUUUUAAGUGUACACAGGCUUUAACUUAAUAAUGAUACAUUUCAGUGUGAGUAAAAUACACAAAGUACUGGUAUAUGAAAUCUAACUUCCCUUGGGUGUAACAAAAGCUUUAUUGUAAACAUUUUGUAAGUACUUGUAUCUUUGUACAUCUUUUUUCUCACUGACUUGUGCCUUAUGACUGAUAAUAAUUACAUGUACUAGCAGGAUGUUGGGAUUCAUACUUGAAAGCUCUUGAUUGUUUGUGAAUGGUGUACAUUUAUGCAGGAAAGCUGUCAAACUUUGAACCAAUUCAUGCUGGAUACAUUUGUCAGUUGCUUGGUGAAAUGCAAUUAUUUUGCAUGUUGAUGCUUCUGUGGCCAGCUCUCCAGUGCAACACAAUGACCCAGGAGCUUCCCUGUGUGAAUAUUCUUGAGCAUGACAUAAAACACCCAGCAAAUAUAUAAAUAAAUCUUCCAGUAUCCCACGGGGUUUUCCCCUACCCUCUCCAUCAAUAAACUUAUUGACUUUUUUACCUGUAACUUUAUCAAUUAUUGAGAUAAUCAACAAAUUAAAAAAAAAAAAAGUACAGUACAGUGCAUUUUAUGUUAUGUUCAGUACUUUUCACAGAUGUGUGAAUGUUUUGGUAUUUUAUGUGUUGUUAUAUGUAACAUUAGGAGAUGACAGUGCAAGUAAAGCUGAUCGGUGUUUGGAUAUUAUUAUUACUGGUCACAUCCCAUAGUCUGAUAUAUACAUGUAAAUAUACAAAGUGUUAAUUGUACAUAAUGAAAUACAUAUAUUUGUAUAAAACAAACUAAUGUACACAAAGUAAUAUUAAGCAUUACUACAUGUUUAGAAAGUGUUGGUAUGUAUCUCACCUAGAAUGGACUAUAAUGUAAGCCUAUUACUACUGGCCUGUCUAAUCUAUUGCCAUCAGGCAUACAUGUAUCCAGUCAAUACCUUUUGACAUGUGUAUAACUUAUCAUCACUAUUGUAACAGAAGAGUGUGAAAUGAAAUAAAAACACAUUGAAAACU